CCAACGUCUAAAUCCCUUACAAGCUUGACCACAAUCCUGCCCAUGUCCAACACAAAGCGAGUGGUUCUCGUCACUGGGUGUUCCGAAGGAGGCAUUGGCUACGCGUUAUGCGAGCGUUUUGCAGCGGAGGGGUGCCGAGUGUACGCGACUGCGCGACGCCAAGAUGCCAUGGCAGGAUUGGAUCAGCAUCCCCUUAUUUCAACGCAUACUCUGGACAUUGGAAUAGAGGAGGACGUGCGACGAGUCGUAGAUCAGGUGGUUGAGGAGCAAGGGCAAAUCGACAUCGUGGUCAAUAACGCUGGGGUAAUGGGAAUCGGUCCACUUAUCGAGCAACCUAUCGACUACGUCAAGAACGUGUUCGAUACCAAUGUCUAUGGCGCAUUACGCGUCUCUCAGGCCGCGUUUUCUCACAUGGCGGACCGUAAAAGUGGUCUCAUCAUUAACAUCGGGUCUGUCGUGGGCGACAUUCCAGUACCGUGGAACGGGUUGUAUUCCGCCUCCAAGGCUGCGUUGCAUUCUAUGUCCGAAAUCCUCAUGAUGGAACUUCGUCCAUUCAACAUCCAAGUGAUGAACAUAACACCUGCCGCGGUGCGCUCAAACAUCUCCAAGAACCAAAGAUCUAUUUUCCGGUUGCCCGAGUCUUCCUACUUCACCGCCUAUCUGCCGAGUAUCCUGAGGCGGAUGAACUCGAGUCAGAGCCCUGACGCCAUGCCCGAGGACACAUUCGCUCGAAAAGUGGUAUCCGCUGCACUGAAAAGUCAGCCUCCGACACACUUGACUUUGGGAGGAGGUGCAUUCACCUUCCAAGUCUUGCGCUGGCUUCCAAGGUCCUUGGUGUUCUGGAUUUUGUGGAGACGAUUUUCCAAGACCACGUAGUCAUAUCAUGAGUCGUUUCUUGUUUCCGCGGAUGUCGAUCUUGUCUUGGACCUAAAACACUGAUUAUCUCGGCUUAGACCUGAGCACGAUUUAGAAUCUAAUCGGCUAUCAUCACGUGGGCGCGACUCUUACCAGCUUACCACUUCCACUGGAAAUGCUUACCACCAGUUUCUGUGAUACCGGCAGCCCUGGAACGCUGAUCUCCAUCGCUUUCUAACCCGAAAAUGAAGCGCAUCCACUUGCGUUCUAUCGACCUGCACCCGACACCAUCUGACGUCAAAUUACACCGCCUGCCUCAUGCUCUUAGUCUGAGCUGAUACCUACUCGGGCGCGACGAGGAUCUGUAAAUGAGUGUCAAUUGUUCCAAGAUAACUACCUCAGGUAUUUAUCUGGAGACGACUGCCUUGCACUCUCUUGUACCACCAUCCCAUCCACAUGUCUGACCCCAAAGUCGUUCUUAUCACUGGCUGCUCACUCGGAGGUAUUGGCAGUGCCUUGGUUGAACGAUAUGCCGCCGAGGGAUGCCGAGUCUAUGCGACUGCUCGACGCAAGGAAGCUAUGAACGGACUGGAUGCCAACCCUCUCGUCUCGCUGCACACGCUGGAUAUUCUCAGCGACGAUGAUGUACGCAGAGUCGUCGACCAAGUUGUUGCUGAGCAGGGCAAGAUCGAUAUCGUGGUGAACAAUGCUGGCGUUCUGGGAAUCGGCCCUCUCAUUGAACAGCCUAUCACGAACACCAAACAUGUGUUUGACACCAACGUCUACGGCGCCCUGCGUGUUGCCCAGGCGGCAUUCCCCCACAUGGCGGCCAAGAGAAGCGGGCUCAUUGUCAACAUCGGAUCUGUCGUCGGUUACAUUCCCACGCCCUGGAACGGCCUCUACUCGGCUAGCAAAUCGGCCAUGCAUGCCAUGUCCGAGAUCCUCAUGAUGGAAUUGCGUCCUUUCAACAUCAAGGUCUUGAAUGUCACGCCGGGAGGGAUCAAAUCCAACAUCUCCGACAAUCAAGCCCAAGUCUUCUCCCUGCCCGACACGUCACGAUAUUACAGCUAUCUUCCAAGCAUGAUUCGACGGAUGAACGCGAGCCAGAGUGCCAACACCAUGCCAGCAGAUGUUUUCGCCCGCCGCGUGGUGGCUGCCUCACUCAAGAAGACCCCUCCGACACACUUCAUGUUGGGGCACGGAGAGUGGUUAUUCUCUUUCUUCCGCUGGUUGCCGCGCUCUAUUGUUUUGUGGUUCUUGUGGAGAGUAUAUUCAAAAACAGAGUAGACGAGCUUGUGUACGUGGGAGGUCAGAAUGAAGUUAUAGUAAAGAUCACGUGGACGCGUCUGAUGCAUUGAAUGUCAUCCUCAUCUCCUUCCGCACAACCAUCCUUGCCCUCGUACUAGAUGUCCAAAUACCCGGACUAUCUCUCACCCAAUGUUACUCCGACUAAGCUUGGCAAAUCUCAGAAGUCGCGUGCCCGGCGGGAACCCUCGGGCGUGUUCUCUUUGUUUCAGGCGCCGCAGAUCCAGCAGUUCAAGGAAGCGUUCCAGCUGAUCGACCACGACAAGGAUGGAUGGGUGGGAGAAAAAGACUUGAAGGAGAUUUUCGCCAGCUUGGGCAUAUCACCCUCCGCCUCGACCCUCGACGCUCUCUUGCAGUCUAGGCCGGGCGACUCUUCGGUCUCCGACUCUGACCGUGGAAUCAACUUCACGAUGUUCUUGACGAUGAUGUCGGAACGGCUGUUCGAGUUCGACACGGAAGCUGAAUUGUUGACGGCGUUUGAGAGUUUCGACGAAGCGGACAGCGGCACGGUCAAGGUUGACGAAAUGCGGAAGUGGCUGAGCGAGAUCGGCGAACGCAUGAACGAACGUGAGGUCAGUGGCAGGCCGGAAACGAGACUGAUCUUGGAUCUCGUCUUGGCCGUUCUCCUGACAUCCUAUGCGUGGGCUGAUCCAUCCAUAUCCGUUGCAGAUCGACAAGCUGUUGAAGGGGCCUUUCACCGACAGGCAAGGGAACUUCAACUAUCGGGAGUGGGUCAAGGUGUUGAGAGUGAACGAAGACGAGCCAGAUCCAACCGGGUACUAGGCCUGACUCACGUCGGACUGACUCAAAACUUGUGUAUUCUUACGACUGUGUGUACAUCUAAUGCCUUACUUCGUUCCCCAAACAGGUCGAUUCUCACCUGCCCCGAUCCCAACAGUUGGCGAUUCUUUGCGCCCCCAUCAUGACGUCUCUAUAUUUAUUGCUGGUCUCAGGCGUUUCCUUGGAACGUUCCCGUGAUCGUGAACUGUCUCACUUCUGAAGAUUGGCUUAAGAUCAAGUCGAAAGCACAUCUGUGACUCCUAUAGCUAAUCGACUGCAACGGCUGUUCAAUAAGGAACCACAGGCGUAAAUUCCAAGGCUCUGGCCUACUGUACUCCUCCAAAUCUGACAUAGUGCGCCUCGGGGUGCUUUAUAUUCAUCUGUUACUUGUCGCCUGCCUCUUAUGAAUCAG